CCACCGCUAGACCAUCUGAGAUCAAACAUGUCACAGUAUCAGACGCAUUGCAGUUCUGUUGGAGUAGUACAAGCUGUACAAAGAUUCCCAGUGCGCCUUACCAAGGUACUAGUAUGAUCUAGCGUGAAGUAUGUCCUAUCCCAUUUUUUCAGUCUUGAACUUGUCGUUGUGGUGCGGUCUCUCUGUAUCAAGAUACCUACAGGUAGGUAGGUACGGAGGUAGACCUUGCAGCAAUGGUCACGUUCUUUGCCUGGGGCAAUGUGCCCAAUUCGUUUGUUGUUGGCAACGGGUCUUUGCUAGAAUAUCAAAAUUUGCCGCCUGAUUAUGAGGGCAAGUUCAAGAACAACGAAUGGAAUGCCAUGCAAUUGGAAGCCUUCCACACAGGCCCAAAGGGCUACCACUGGGCCAUGACAAUGAACCGUGCUUGGUCGGCCCGAUGUCCCAACGAGAUGGUUCCAUACCUCCAAACCCAGCUCAUCACAGUUGCCUCAGAUGGCCUUGCACGAGCAGGUCGUGGGCGCGCAACGUUCGUAGCCUUCGCGCCCAACGGCACAAGCUGGUUCAUCAGAUACGACUCGAAUCAAUGUAUAUGGGGUCCCGAUCCCUCUGCAUUCCCUUCGACCUGGCAGUCUCUCAUCCACGAGCUGGAAACGGGCCACCCCCGGAAGGACGAGUGUAUUGAUUUCGUCGCCUUUGGUCAGCACGACAUCCUCCUGGUUCGAUUCGAAAACGGAAAUUCUCAUAUGGCGUUACCCCAAGACCCGGCGGUCCGUUCCCAAAUAUCACAGGCGCUCAUCGACGAAGUGAGCAGCCGAUUGCAGGCAGGUUAUACUCUGGGCAACCGCACUACUCUGUGCGAGUUUGAUACUAAUCGCUGGUUCAUCGAAUGGAAGCGUGGCACCAUGGCGGAAUUCAGGUAUAGUAUGGGGAUUGGGCAGCCGCAAGACUUGGAGACAGUCAAAAGGGUGUUGUCGGGAGUGGGAAGUGACGCUGGUCUGGUGGCGAGUAAUGAAACUGCUCAACUUGUAAGUUCUGUCAACCCCUUGGAAAUGGCCACUGACGAGUAUAGAUCGCGGCAAACUCGGCUUUUGCUCAACAGUACGCCCUGAGCAGGAUUUUAUAGGCUGAGCAGUAGUAAAGCAGUGCGAAAAUGACUAGAACCGACCAUAUCUCAAUAUCAAUUGCUUUUGAAUAAG